GCGCCACAGAUCGCUUAUACGAUCUCACAAAAAAUCUACUCAAAUUGGGAACGAAUCGUAUCGAUCGCUCGCAUAUAUAAAAUGUGUGUUGGGCCCGCGCGGCUCAAACAGUCGACACACGCCGCAACAUGCACGCGCUCCUCGCGGUCGCUCUCGCGCUCGUCGCGCCCGCGCUCUGCUCCUCCCGGGACCGCCUCGGCUACGAGCGGGAAAUCGACUCCACCAGCUACAACCAAGUGCCGAAGCUGUUCGGCUUCGUCCUGAACCAGGAGUACCUCGCAGCUCAGAAGAACAGAGCGAAAUUAGUGACCAAGCUGAGGCCGGACGAUGCCAUAGCGGCUGACAAUGUGAUACUGGAAUCGAAUGUGGUGACAUUUGUGAGGCCGAAGAAGCGGGUGGAGAGUGAGAACGGGGAGGAGCUGGUGCGGCGGCGGCGAGGGUACAACCUGGAGCACGUGCGGGUGCCGGCGCGCUACCCGUACCUGCCGGCGCCGCAGUACAGCCGCUUCCGGCGCUGGGGCUAGGGGCCGGCGCGAGCGCGCGCGCGCUCAAAUGUCAAGGCUGCGCUGACGCACAGUGAUCCCGCCGCGCCUCGAGCGCAUCUCCCGUGCAUGUGCGUGCGCCGUUCACUGUAUUUUGUUAUGAUAUUACGAAGUGGCUGUGAUCGAACGCUCAAAUUAUGCCGUUACAAUUUACGGUUUAACAGCAACGAUUGACAGAGUAAACUAUUUUAGUAUGUAAAUUAAGCAAAAAGUGAUAAGUAAUUAUUGAUCUUUAUGGAAUUAUAAGGUAUAAUUUAAGAUAA